AUGGACAGCCAGCCGCCACCUCCGCCACCGCCGCCACCGUCGCAGCCGCCGCCGUACCAGCAGGCGCCGUUCCACCACCUUCUACAGCAGCAGAACCAGCAGCUUCAGAUGUUUUGGAACUACCAGCGGCAGGAGGUGGCCCACGCCAGCGACUUCAAGAACCACCAGCUCCCCCUCGCGCGGAUCAAGAAGAUCAUGAAGGCGGACGAGGACGUCCGCAUGAUCUCCGCAGAGGCCCCCGUCCUCUUCGCGAAGGCCUGCGAGCUCUUCAUUCUGGAGCUCACCAUCCGCUCGUGGCUGCACGCGGAGGAGAACAAGCGGAGGACGCUUCAGAAGAACGAUGUCGCCGCCGCCAUCGCCCGCACCGACAUCUUCGACUUCCUCGUUGACAUCGUCCCGAGGGAGGAAGUCAAGGACGAAGGCCUGGGGCUCGUCCCCGGCGGCGGCGGUGGCGGCAGCGCCACGGGGGUGCCGUACUACUACCCGUCCAUUGGCCAGGCGGCGCCGCCAGGGAUGAUGAUGGGGCAACCGGCGCAGCAGUGGCAGCCGAUGUGGCAGCAGGGCCUGCCCAUGGAGGGAUCCUAUAUAGCAGGAACAAGCUUAGAUGCUCAAGGGGAUGUCGGCCAUCAACCCCCUCCUCCUGGUUCUCAGUAA